CAGGGCUGUGUGGUGUACUCAUGUGUUCGACCACGUUAGUUUAGCGAUGUAGCGGCUACACGUCAAACCCCGACUGUAGACUGCUUGGUUUGACGGUUGACAAUAACAUGUUAACUGGAUCUUAGGACUGUGAAUAUGUACAGCAAUGCAAAAACUAGCAUGUCGCAACCUGCCUGAUUUGUAGCAGCUAAUUCAAGCCGUUUUUGAUUUUGAUUCCAAGUAAAAAUGCAGGUCAUGUCCUGUGAAAUGAAUUGCUUUAUAGUGACCCUGCUCUGCUUUUGUCAAACGGGAGAACAGCUUGGAACUACUCCCAACCUUAAAGGCAUUGUGUUUGGACGAUGUUACGAUUAUAUGACACUUAACCCAGGGACAAGGUUUGACUGUGAAAGCAUCUGGUUGCAUUUCAAGGCCGCGGUUCUCCGACAGCCAUCUUGUAACGUGACAGUGGAGGACUAUCAUGAGAUGUUCCAGCUGAUGACUCAAAACUGGCCCUGUCAUACGUCUCUUUUCUGGAGUAAAACCCGGCCUCUUAUGCACAGCUACUCCGCAGUCUUACCCCAUCUCUGGACUCUCGAGGACACACUGGUGGGAUAUGUGUUCAAUGACCUCAUCUGGUGCAGGCAGCAUGUGGACACGGAUUUCGACUUCAGUGCAUGUCCGGAGUGGUCGUCCUGCCAAAAUCAUCCCGUCUACUCCCUGUGGGUACUGGCUUCGCAGAAUUUCGCAGAAACGGCUUGUGGCAACAUCACUGUCCUUCUGAAUGGCUCGAUUAGCGCCGCUUUCAGCCGGAUGAGUAUGUUUGGAAGUGUUGAACUCGACAACCUCAGCCCACAAAGAGUGCAUUAUGUCAAUAUACAUGUGGUGGCCAGCCUUACGGGACCCCAGAUAGAGUCAUGCAACCAAGGAUCCGUGGUGGACCUAAUUCAAAUUCUCCAGACGAGGGGUUUCCGAUGGACUUGCACGGACAAUGACCAGAUGCUGAUGAUGCUUCAGUGCUUUCAGAACCAGGAUUCCUGCAGAGCGACAAACCUGAAAAGCGUGCUAUUCACACAGCUCAAUUAA